GAGUCAGUUCUGUUAUAGUAGGCCACGAGGUAGCAACGACUCGUGUUCCUUCAAAGUCCACGACUCUCUCUUUGCGUUUCUUCGAAAGCUGCUCGUCGUCGUCAUAGUCGUCUUUGAUAAUCUCGCGUAUCGUCAUCGUCAAAGAUUUGUUUCCAAGUAUUUCAAUUGAACCGAUAAAAUAGCACACGCAUUUUCCUAAUUUUGUUAUACGCUUAAGGCGGCCAUUUUGGAGAACGCCGGAGGAUCCAAGUGAAAUACAAUAAAAAAAACGUUUCGAUGUAAAUUUUCAUCUACGAGAGAACAAAAAAUGUACAAUUGAAGGAAGGAAAAGAGAUUGGUGAUAGACCGAAUGAUUCCUCGGAAAUGUUGUUUUGAGUUAGGCUCGAGGUAAAGUGUGUGCGCGCGUCCACUACCAACCAACCAACCAACCAACGUGCUUCUACUCUCCUUCUUUCGAAAGAGAAAGCAGACGACGAGGAGGCAUCGUCGUAGUUCGUCGAUCGAAUUUUUCUUUUUUUUUUUGUUGUUGUUGUUCCUUCUUCUCAUUCCUCUCUUCCUAUCAAAUAGAAAUAUAUUAUCUCGAGAUAAUAAUUUUUUAAUCAUUUAUUUUUCACAACAUAUUAGUUUGUAUAAUUGCCGGCUAAGUAUGGAAUAAUUUUCAACGCUUAAGGGUGGCAUAAAACUAAUAGAAAUUUUCUUUUCAUUUUUUUUUAUUAUCUCUCGAUUUGUUUCCCCCCAUUAUUUGAUUCACCGAGAAUGGUGGUGGUGCUGCUACUGUUGCUACUGAUUUGAUGUUCGAUCUAUCAACUUACUUCCGCGCUGAUCAAAGAUCCGUGCGAUGAUCGGCAACAAGAUUUUGUUAUUUCUUUGGAUACUUCGAUGGAUCAGCUUUCUCGGAGAUUUUACGUUGGCCGAGUCAUGGCCUACGAGCCUCGACGAGUCAUUGGACGAAAGAAACGAUGCAGAAAUAUUUCGAGCCGUUGUAGAAUCCAUGAGAGAAUGGUCCUUACACAAACGUGAACGUCACAGAAACAAAAGAGAAGUGUCUAAGGUUUGUUACGAGGAUGUUGGAUGUUUCGAAGAUACCGGACCGUUCAGUUAUCUGGAAAUGUUACCUUCUCCACCUAAGGAUGUUGGUACCAGAUUUCUGGUUUACGGUAGCAGAAAAGCGAGAUCAAUACCAAUGGAAGUGCCAGCUGAAGAUAUAAACGAUAACGCUCACCGUGCCAUAGAUCCAGAUUUGCCGACCAAAGUUAUAGUACACGGUUUUGGAUCUAGUUGCGAUCACGUGUGGGUUUACGAGAUGAGAUUGGCUUUAAUGACCGUUCACGAGUGUAACAUUGUGUGCGUUGAUUGGGGUCCAGGAAGUGCAGUGCCAAAUUACGUUAGAGCAGCAGCCAAUACUCGACUGGUCGGUCGUCAAUUGGCCAAAUUGAUUAGAAACUUGGAAGUUCCCCAAGAGAGGGUACAUUUGAUCGGGUUCAGUCUUGGUGCACACGUAGCUGGUUUUGCUGGGGCAGAAUUAGGAAACGUUUCUAGAAUCACCGGAUUGGAUCCAGCUGGGCCACUGUUCGAAUCCCAAGAUCCCCGAGCACGAUUGGACGAGACAGAUGCCAAUUUCGUCGACGUGAUACACAGCAACGGUGAACAAUUAAUACUCGGAGGACUUGGUUCUUGGCAGCCAAUGGGUGACGUUGAUUUUUAUCCAAACGGUGGACGAAUGCAAACUGGUUGCUCGAAUCUUUUCGUUGGAGCUGUAUCAGACAUCAUUUGGUCUGCCCCAGUUGAAGGUAGAUCUUUGUGCAAUCAUCGACGGGCUUACAAAUUAUUCACCGAUUCCGUCAGCCCAAAGUGUCGUUUCCCUGCAUUCCCCUGUCCACGUGGCUACGAUGGUCUUCUGAAAGGUGAAUGCUUUCCCUGCAAUGUUAACGGGGAUAAUAAUAGGGGUUGCGGUGACAUGGGUUAUUACAGCGACAAAUUACCAGCUAGAGGUCAGCUUUAUCUAAUAACAAGAGAUGAAGAACCGUUUUGCGCUCAUCAAUACAAAGUUAAGGUUUACAACAGUCGUGGCGAAAGACCAACCAGAAGUUAUGGCAAAUUGCAGAUAACGCUGAUAGGUGAUGGAUCCUUCAACGAAAGUUUUGCGAUGACGCGAAAGGAUGAAGAACUUUUGGUAGGAGUUACGCUUCAAAAGAUUGUCGUACCACAUCCAGCAGUUAACAACGUACAAUCUAUCGAGAUCAAAUAUACAGCCUACAGUGGAUGGUUAUCGUCUGGAUUGGUAACUUGGAGCAUAGACAAGGUUGCAUUGGUCGAUAGUUUUGGUAAAACAUUGUCUAUAUGUAAAAACGGUUUGAUCUUGGAAUCUGGACGAGCUAGUCGUUUGCCACUUUAUUCAGGUGAUUGCGAAAUACCUGUUGAGAAAGAAAACAUAACGAAUCCGAUGAUAGUCCCAUUGGAACGCAUGGUUCAAGAUAGACAAGGUGGUAUUGGGCCCUUCACGAAAGAUCAAAAUUAUGAUUUUCGAAAUGCUUAUUCUAACGAGUUCACGUCGAAAAAGAGAACCGGCACGAAAGGUGUCGGACCAUUCACGAAAGAUCAGAAAAAUAUUCGAUUGGUCGAUGGAUCCAACGAUUAUGAGAAUACUGACGAUAGUUCCAGUAAUUCAUGGAAAAUCGUUGAAAUAUCAAACGGCGGCGAGUCGAAUAUUUUGGACAACGGGGAAACCGAAAACGGUAGAAGUUUUUCCGGCUCGAAUUUUAUCCAACGUGUUUCGUCGUUUACCGAAACCACCCCCGAAGACAAAAACAAUGAAGAUGAUGACGAUAAUGACGACAACGAUGACGAGGUCACGACGAAACAAUAUUUGCCAGAAAUUCGUGAACCCGUUUUACGUUCGAACAAAAAAGAAUCCGCGGGGAGGUCUUUAAAAUUAUCGGAAAUCACCGAACCAAUUUUAAGACCACGUUCAACGAGACAAAAUUUAAAUAAAAGGAAUACAAGUUUUGACGAGGAAAGGCAAGACGAUGAGAUACAAGAAACUUCGUCGACUUCUACCAGAGGAUUUACCGUACAAUUUUUACCCGAAAGAUUGGCAGGAAUACUUGCGCAAGCCGAAAAAUAUGCCAGGCAAACGUUACUGCCAUUGAUUUCCCAAUACACUCCCAGUUUUGUUAGUGGUCUACGUCAAGAAGAACCGAAAUAUUUUCCACCUUUGGGAGAUAGAAUGGAUACAAAGGAAUCUUUUGAAAAUAAAGUAAGAUCGAGAUACCAACACGCAAAGCAAUUGGAUUUAUUACAAAAGGAAAGUAUUGAAAAGGAUGAGAAAGUAAAGGAUGUCGUCAUUGAUCCGAAUAGUUCGAUGGACGUUAUUAUAAAGAAGGAGGAUAACGUAACUUUAAAAAGAAAUGAAAGUAAUGACGAAUGGGUGCCGAUCAAAGAACCGGAUUCUCAGAUUUCUCAAAGGAAUAUUAACGUGUCUAGAUCUUUAGAAGAUAACGAUCAAGAAACGAUAACUUCGACGAAAAAAUUAAACGAUUGGAUACCGAUAACCGAAAAUACGCGUCAAUCAACGACUAUCAUUUCAACAGAUGAUACCAUGAACGAAAAUUUGAUGAGAUCAAUGAAUUCUUCGAUAGAUUCUGAAAAUCGUUUAAUAAUUACCGAAAGAUCAACAUCCGAUGAAACUAAAGAGGAACGUAAAUUCAUUCCACUGAUUGAUUUACAAAACACCGAUGACGACUUUUUUCCGUCGUCGACCGAAAUUAAUGAAUCUCGUUCAACGAUUAGCUCAACGAUUUCUUACACUUCCCAUAUACAAAAGAUUCCAAGAUCAUCGAGUUCAAACAAAAGCAGAGAAUCUAAAUCUUUCCCGAAAAGGACGAUGAUAUUUCCGUACGCUUACGAAAGAAGAAAGGAUCCAAGAACGAGAUACAUACCAUUGAUUCCUGAGGAAGACCUCGGUAGAUCCAUUACAUCCUUCGAAAGGGAUCGUUGAUGGUCUAUCAUCAUUUAGCCAUAGUUAAACUAAUUAGAUUAUCAAACUAUGCCUAAUAAAAUUGGCUUCAAUUUUCAAAUCAGGCCAAGUGGUGGUGGCCGUGAUCAUCGAAUUGAUAUUUAAGAGAAAAAAAAAAAAGGAACACACAAUGUUAAUUUAUUCUUUUAGUUUAACAUUUCACAUUCGUCUUCGUAAAUUAUUAUUAUUAUCAUCUUUUAUUAAUCAGUCCCUUUUUGUUCCCCCAUAAUUAGGAAAACUAGCGUUCGAAUGUCGCAAAAUGAUCGAAUAAAAUGAUUUAAUAUCGCACACAUGGUGAACUCUUCGAACGCUCGUUUAAAUAAAAGGAAUUUUAUGAGACAUUCGCAAAGGAUAAUUAUUAUAUUGUUAUUAUUUUGUAGGAUUUAGGUUCUCUCUUUUUUUUUGUUUGUUAUUUGUUAAGAUUAUUUCGUUUGAUGAAAGAAUGUAAACAUCGACCAGGUGGUAGACAACACUUGAUAGCUUUUAGCUAAAAAAAGGCUUCCCAUCAAUCAAACUUAUCAUCAGUUUAUUUUACUUUCUUUCCAUUGCCUUCUAUUUUAUUAUUCUUCUUUUGUUUUGGUAAAAAUUUGGAGUCUCCUUAGUUAUUAUUAUUACACUUGUAUAUAUAUAUAGGAAUCUUUACAAUAUAAUAUAGUUUAUC